GCGGGCCGCGUCGACGGCAGCGACUGGACCGGCGGUCGACCAACAGUAUACCGGAGACGCCAGCGCCAGCAACAGCAACAGCAACGGCAACAGAGCAGCAGCGGCAGUAUAAUAUUACCUAUAUAAUAUAUACACCGGCGACGACUGUUCUCGACCACACAUACCAGUAUAGAUCGCUCGCAAUAUAUAAUCGUCAGAAAGUUCAUAUUAAUACUACUGUUUUCCACGUGGUAGUGGCGCGUUAUUCGCCGACGUUUCAUUUAUCGUAGUAAUCUGCAACCGCGGCCAGACCGGAAACGCGAAAUAAAAUAUUCAAACCGCCGCAGCAGUUUCGCGGGCGGCAAUCCACACCCUCGCGCAAUAUCGUCCGUCAUUUGGAAUUUUCCGUUAAACAUCUAACGUUAUUGUGGUGACAAGCCGACCAUGAGGACCACCGGCAGCAGCAGCACGAGCUGCAGCGUCGUGACUAUAACGACCAUUAUGCUGGUCGCAGCGACCGCGGCCUUUGAAGAUUUCAACGCACAGACUAACUUCAAUGGUGAACCACAGAAGCUACUACACCGUGAAACUAGAGCUUUAGAAGUUAUCACCCGGCUAUUAGGUAGCAGCAGCGGGACUGUGGCUGGAUCAUCAUCCAGUGGAACGUUGGAUGCAGGAGCACCUCCAGCUUCGGCACCGGCCGAUGCAAGUAGCGGCAGCGGAGCCGUACUAAAUCUAGUCGCCCCGUUGGUGGGAAGCAGCAGUGGCAGUGUUAGCGCUGGAUCUUCGGGAGCAGCAUCUGGCACUGGAGACGUCAGCAAAACCGACGGAAGCGGUCCAGACUUGGCUGGUCCAAAUGGAGCCACUGGUGGUAGCAGCUUUUCCAGCAUUCUGUCUCUUUUGGGACCCUUGUUGGGUAGCAGCAGCGGUAGUGGUGGUAAUGGUGGAGAUGCCGGAGACAAUGUGAAUGGCAAUGGAGGUGCCGGAGGCCCUGCUGGUUCUAAUGUCUUAAGUCUGUUGUCCGGUCUGCUGGGUAGCAGCAGCGGCUCCAGUGGUGGCGGCGGGGGCGUUGGGGGUGGAGAUCCAUCAACAGGUGGCGCAAGUGACGAUACAGGCGCCGGAGCGGGUGGUUCAGGAUCCAGUAGCAUAUUGUCACUGAUCGGUCCACUGAUAGGCAGCAGUAGCGGUGGAGCCGGUGGUGAUGGUGGCGACGGUACCAACGGUGGUGCCGGCGGUGGUUCUGACAUUCUGGGUUUCCUAGGAUCGAGCAGUGGUUCCAGCAGCGGUGGACCUGGUGGAAAUGGAGGUUCUCCGGCUUCUGCCACCCCGGUAAGAAGGCGUCAGAUUGGAGGCUUUUUCCGUCGACCAUUCGCUUCAACAGCAGACACUAACGAGCAAGAUGUCACGUAUACACAACUGUUGAACGACCGACCCAGAGACCUGCGUCGCCGGUUGUGGUUGUAAAUCACUAGUGGCAGCGGUAACGGCGGCGGGAGUAGUGUACACUCAUUAUAUAGUACCUAGUAAAAUAGUAAUAAAGCACCAACACCAGCUAAAGCUCACUCUGUAUGUAUGUAUAUAUGAUAUAUAUAUUGUCUAACCGACCGAUCGACCAAUAAGCGGCAUCCGACGUUUACGUCAUAAUAAUCACCGUUUACAUGACGAUUGACGUAUAUAUGUAACAUGUAUUAUAAAAUUAUAAAUUAAUGUACGGAUAGGUCAACUACGGACGACGACCACGACGAUAUAUUCGAUACUAAAAAUAUCAUAGUCACGCUCGUUCCACUCACCGUUCUUCAUCUUUCUUUCUCUCUCUCUCUUUCUCCCAUCAUAUUACGUAAUAUUGAUGCAUAAAUUAUACAAAUGUUUUCAAACUCGUUACAAAUUACAGAAGCUGGUUAAUAUGUUUUUGGGAGUGAACGCCGUACGUGUACGUAUUGGUUUGCUUAUUUUCACGUAAUAUGCAUAGUCCUUCUCCUCUGUACAAUAACAUGCAAUUUAAAAAACAAAAAUAUAAUUAAAAAGUGUUUUCGUGAGAAUCAUAGCAUAAUAUAUUAUAAUAUGUAAACAAACAAUAUAAUAUUGAGCAUUGGGAAACAUAAUAUCAAUUAAUUCGUAAUUGUUCAAAUGGUGAAAAUAGAAUUUUUAACUAGUACGUUUUUGAUUUUUAUUUCUUACAAUUUCAUGUUUUUCUACAAAAAAUGUCUGUCGAGUCCCCUUCAUCAUAGCCCUAACAGUUGAUCACUGUUUUCGUGAAUAAAUUGAGAAAACUCCACCAAGGAUAUUUCUAGUCUUUCGUCGUCGGCGUCUGUGUUUUACCUUCCAUCCGUACGUCAUAUUAAUAUUAUAUAUUAUUAUAUUAAGUUAUUACAAGUAUAAUAAUUAUAAUAUUUUAUUAUAAUAAAUAUAUAUAUAAUAUAUAUAUAUAGGUUUAUAAAUUAAGUAGUUUAAUCUAGCUCACAUAAACUUAUUUGUGUACACACAUGUACCUUUUAAACAAUAUGCAUGUGUGUAUAUACGAAGAAAGCGCCAUAUUAUUAUCAUUGUCACAUAUCAUAUACAUUUAAACAUCAUCGCAUUAUGUUUUUUUUUUUACGAUCGAAUUAGUUUAUUAUAGUGGUUAGUUAGUAGAGUAGUAAAAUUGUAGUAAUCCACA